AUGGGGGAAUAUAUCCCAUCUCAAUGGCCGUAUGAAUCCAUGAUCGGUCGGGUCGAAGCUGUGGCGAGUUCGAAUCCGAACGAGGUGGCACUCAAGCUACCGUUUGGCGAUAAGUCGAUGACUUACGCUGAGAUGCUGCAAAAAGCUCGGGGAAUAGCUUCGGUCCUCCGUUCUGAAGGAUGCACCGCCGGCUCUAUUGUCGCAGUUUAUCAAGAGCCGACUCCAAACUGGCUUUGCUCAGUUUUGGGCGUGUUUGGCAGCGGGGCCGUCUGCGUACCGUUUGAUGCCGGAACGCUAGUCAAGCGUCUUGCAGACAUGGCGGACAACAGCAAAGCUCAAUACAUCCUUGUUGAUUCGAGCAAUGGAACUCAGGCUACGAAACAGCUUAACACGGAUGGUACCCGCAAGAUCAUCAAUGUCGAGCAAGUUUCCGCUUCCCGUCCCGACAAAGCCCAAACAGCCGAUUCUCUAUUACUGCCAAAGGCGGAGGAUCCAGCCAUGAUUUUAUACACCAGUGGAUCUACAGGCGUUCCGAAGGGUAUUGUUCUGAAGCAUGGCGGGUUCAGGAAUUGGGCUGAAUUUGUUCCACCCCUGUUUAGGUCCGGAGGCAGAGAUACGGUGCUGCAACAAAGCUCUUCAGGCUUCGAUAUGGCCUAUCUCCAGGCGUUCUUUGCGCUCGCAUACGGAGGGACGGUAUGCAUUGUCCCUCGUGCUAUGCGAGUGGAUGCUCACGCCAUUACCCAAAUCAUCGCCUCCGAGGGCGUUACCGUCACUCAGGGCGUGCCGUCUGAGUACUCCAAUUGGUUGCGAUACGGGGAAAGUGAGAGCCUCGCAGAUUCUAUACAUUGGAAAACAGCCAUGUGCGGGGGCGAGCCAGGUACCAACAUUGUGCUAGAGCUCCAGGCCGCCCUCGGACCUCAACCCCGACCGCGGUUUUUCCACAUGUACGGCCCGACCGAGAUCACCUUCAUUACUACAGCCAUGGAGCUUUUCUAUGGGGAUGACGAGAAGACGCCUGCCGUUGGUGGACCGUUCCCGAAUUAUUCGGUCUAUGUUUUGGACGAUCAACUCCGACCAGUCCCACCCGGCGUCCAAGGCGAGAUAUAUAUCGGCGGGGCAGGCGUUGCUUCAGGCUAUCUAGGUAAUGCGGUGUUGACAGAAGAGAAGUUCUUACCGGACCCUUUCGCCCCAGCAUCAUUCAAGUCUCACGGGUGGACUACUAUGCACCGCACCGGAGACAACGGUCGAUGGCGCAAGGGCGGUGGUCUGCUCAUAGAAGGCCGCAGAUCUGGCGAUACCCAACACAAGCUUCGAGGCUUGCGCGUUGACCUCCAAGAGGUUGAAAAUGUCAUGCUCAAGGAGUCCAAUGGGCUACUCACAGAUGUUGUCGUAUCGGUCACUCGCACAUCCCCUCAGAGCCCCGAGUUUCUGGUUGCCCAUGUCAGAUUCGACCCCAACCACUGCCCAACGGAGAACGAUCAGCAGCAUGUGUUGAGUGAGCUGUCUUCUAAUCUUCCUUUGCCGCAGUACAUGUGGCCGGCUGUGGCGAUCGCCGUCCAAGAAUUACCCAUGAUGAGCUCGGGAAAACUGGAUCGUAGAGCAGUUGCAUCGUUACCGCUUCCAGAAUUGCCGAACUUCAAUGAGAUUGAUGACGACGAGAAAACUGCCGACGCGCUCCUUACAGAAACUGAGGCGCGAUUGAAGAAGAUGUGGGAAGACAUCAUUUCAAAGGAUGUCUCUAAGCGGCACCGCAUCCGGCCUGACACCGAUUUCUUCCAUGUUGGCGGCACCUCUAUGCUUCUGUUGCGACUACAAUCACAGAUACAGAAGAGCUUUGGCUUCGACUUUCCUUUUGCGGAAAUGUUUGAAGCUAGCACUUUGGGGGCCAUGUCUAAACGCAUUGACGACAAGAGGGGUUCGGAAUCGGAGUGUUUCGACUGGGAAAUGGAAACUGCCGUUCCAGUAUCACUAAUGUCAGCACUGAAGAACGCUACACAUCCUCUCUCCGCGCCGACCAAGGUGGUGGUCCUUACGGGAGCUACUGGUCUGCUUGGACAAGGCUUCUUACAGGCGCUGAUUGACGAUGCAAACGUUGACAAGAUACAUUGCGUUGCGUUGCGAAACAUGCGCACCCGUGUAUCUUCGCUUCCACUUCUCGUACAUCCAAAGGUGGUUCCGCAUGAGGGAGAUCUCGCACUGCCACGUCUGGGCCUAGACGAAGCCACAGCCACCCUCAUCUUCCAAGAAGCGAAUCGGAUCAUUCACAACGGGGCCGACACCUCCCAUCUCAAAACAUACCGAUCGCUGCGAGCGGUCAAUCUACAUGCGACACAAGAAAUUGUUUUGAUGUGCUUGCUUGCUGGCAAAAUGACACCUAUUCAUUAUGUCUCCACAGCGAGCAUCUUGCAAUACUCUGGACUAAGCGAGUUCGACGAGGAAUCAGCGGCACACUAUCCGCCCCCUUCCGAUGCGUUCGAUGGGUAUAGCGCGUCCAAGUGGGCAAGCGAGCGAUACCUGGAGAAAAUCCACCAGCACAGUGAUGGCAAAUGGCCUAUCUGGAUCCAUCGCCCCACCAGCGUUCAGCGCGGCGCCUCUACUUCACGAGCCGAAACCAACAAUCUCGACGUCGUGAGCAAUCUACUCGAAUACUGCAAGCUCGCCAACGCUGUGCCCGUCUCGCCGAACCUUCGCGGCUUCAUCAACUUGACCCGGUUAGAUGAUGUGGUCGCUAGCAUGAUGGCUGAGAUCCACGUUACCAUUCCUCACAAUCAAGAGUACUGUCCAGUGCGCUAUCUCCACGAACGUGGCGACAUAGAUAUCCCCUUCGACGACAUCAAGAGCUUUAUUGAUGCCGCGACGGGACGUGAUGCCGAGAAACUGGCGCUUCAUGAAUGGGCUAGACGCGUAGCGAAGCUAGGGAUGGACUCGGUGCUUGUCGCCUAUUUCGAGACGGUGUGUCGCGCGCCGCCUGUCGUAUGGCAACGGCUCCUCAAGAAGAGCGAUUUGGGGGAGUAG